UGGGCAGUGUUUGAAGAGUAGAGUCAAGUGAUAGGUGUAUUUUUUACGGUCUCGAAAAACGACAAAUCAUGGUGGACUUUUCUGAUAUUAUCUCUAAUGAGAAUGUUGUAUUCAGAGCAUAUGUCUUCUGGUCAACUGUCCUUAUAGUCAAAACUUUGGCUAUGUCCUUUUUGACAGGACGACAGCGUUUCAAGAAUAAGGUCUUUGCCAAUCCUGAAGAUGCUGCUGGAAAAAAAUUGAAGGUUAAAUUCGAUGAUCCUGAUGUAGAACGUGUAAGAAGAGCUCAUCGCAAUGAUUUGGAGAAUAUUUUCCCAUUCGUCCUUGUUGCAUUUUUCUACGUAUUGACCAAUCCUGAACCCGCCCUUGCUAUCAAUCUAUUUAGAGCUGCAGGGAUUGCAAGAAUAGUUCAUACUCUCGUUUAUGCAGUCUGGGUUGUGCCUCAACCUGCAAGGGGAAUUGCAUGGGUUGUCUGCCUAGGAUCUACCCUAUAUAUGGCUUUUAAGUCAAUUGUAUUCUUCAUUUAAAAAAAAUUGAAGCAAUAUAAAAUAUGAAAAAUGAUGAACUUUACAAUAAUUUUUUAUUGAUGUUUGAAA